UCAGUGCUGUACUUGGUGUGAAGGCAUGGCUUGGUUCAGUGUGAAUAUCAGUAACAUCACUUUGGAGAGUGAGAUAUAUGGAGACGAGCCGCGAGAUGAGCGCUUGGCUCAGGUGGAAAUAGUUCUUCUGUCCAUCAUCUUCACCACUGCGGGGAUCCUAAACUUCGGGCUGUUGUUGGUGCUUUGGAAGCGAAGGAAGCAGCUCUCCAGGAUGCGCGUCUUCGUUUUCCACCUGUGCCUCGCAGACCUGGUGGUCACAUUCUUCCAAGUUUGUCCGCAACUCAUGUGGGACAUCACCGACAGAUUCAUCGGUCCAGACAUAUUGUGUCGUGUAGUGAAGUACCUGCAGGUGGUCGGGAUGUUUGCCUCCACUUAUAUGAUAGUAGUGAUGACGAUAGAUCGAUAUCAAGCCAUCUGCAACCCCAUGGUGACUUUCCAGAGGCGCAGGGCGCGCUGGAACGGUCCGGUGUGCGCCGCCUGGUGCGUCUCUCUCAUCGGGAGCCUACCGCAGGUUUUCAUCUUCUCUCGGGUCGAGGUCGCUCCCGGCGUGUACGACUGCUGGGCGCAGUUCAUCAAGCCGUGGGGACCGAGAGCAUACGUGACCUGGACGACUCUGGUGAUAUUCGUCCUGCCCAUUCUCACGGUGAUCGUGUGCCAGGUGCGCAUCUGCCGCACCGUGCACAUCAACUUCCACAUGAAGACGCACCACGUCGGAGAGGCGGUCGGUAAGCGGCUGUCCUCAAGGGCCAGCACCGUGGCAGGUGUCUCCAAGGCGAGGGUGAAGACGGUGAAGAUGACCGUGGUCAUCGUGCUUGCCUACAUCAUCUGCUGGACGCCUUUCUUCACCGUGCAGCUCUGGUCUGUCUGGGACGUCGAGGCCCCCACUCAGACUGCAACCUUCACCAUCCUGAUGCUGCUGGCCAGUCUGAACAGCUGUGCAAACCCCUGCAUCUACCUGCUGUUCAGUGGGAAGCUCCCCAAGAGACUAGUAUCCCUAAUGUGCGGGGGCCAGCCUGAUCCGAAGGAGUCCAUGCAGGAGGAGGCCACCAUGGUCAGCUCCCUGUACAUCAGCCUCAAGAGCCUGUCAGACAGCAGAUAAAAGCCUGACGUCUCAGAUGCUUUUCCCUCCUCAGGCCAGCCUGCUGAACAUGGUGUAAAAAUAUUUCUCCCUCAUGAGAAAUUUAAUUUAUUUCUUAUAAGCGUGUGGACAAACAUCACAGUACUGCAAGUCCCUGUAGUAACAGUAUAUUUCAAUGAGAUAUGAGGUAUAAAUGAACAAUCUAUGAAGUGCUUUCAUAUAGAAACUCAUUGUAGAGCAC